AUGCGGCGGGGGCGGCCCGGCGCGGUGCUGCUGCUGCUGCUGCCGCUCCUGGCGGGCUCCCUGCCCGGCUCCGCGGCCCCGCAGACCUCCACCGAGGAGUGCGGACAGCGGCCGCUCUUGGGCGGCAUCUCGGGAUCCCGGAUCAUAGGUGGAGGCGACGCUCGAGCUGGAGCAUGGCCGUGGUCCGUCAGCCUCCAGGUUCACCAGGCUGGCGUGCAGUUUGCACACGUUUGUGGCGGAGUGCUAGUUAAUAAGAAUUCAGUAAUUACCGCUGGCCACUGCGUUACAGGAAGGACGGACCCAAGUUCCUGGAGAGCUGUUUUGGGCGUGCAUAACCUUUGGAAACACGGCGAACAUGCAGUAAAAAGAAAUAUAAGAAGCAUCACUGUGCACCCAGAAUUCAAGAGAGAAACAUUUGAAAAUGACAUUGCGUUAUUUCAACUUGACCCCGCCGUAUGCUACAGUGACUAUAUUCAGCCCAUCUGCUUACCUGCCCACCUUUACCCCUACAUUGACAACGAAACAGAAUGUUUUAUAAGUGGUUGGGGACGUACAGCAGAAAAAGGUAAAACUUCGUCUGUGUUAAAGGAAGCACAAGUGGAAAUCAUUCCUUCUAGCGUCUGUAACAGCUCUGACGCGUACGGAGGUCUGGUUAACACCAACAUGAUUUGUGCUGGCUCUCGAUCAGGAGGCACCGAUACCUGUCAGGGAGACAGCGGUGGACCUUUAGCGUGCUACCAUCCUAGUACCAACAAAUACUAUCUGAUAGGGAUCGCGAGUUUCGGACUUGGCUGUGGCCGGCCAAACUUUCCUGGGAUCUAUGUCCGUUUGUCUCAAUACAGAAGAUGGAUAAAAUCUGAACUGCUGUUGAGCAGUGAGGCUGUGAACCCCAUGAGCGUUACACUUCCCAUCCUUCUGACGGUGAUACAUACCGUACUUGUGCAGACUUUCUGAAGGGACAAACCACUGUGUCCUCG